AUCCAGAAUUUGAAAUAAAGUUGGACACUAAUUUCAGUUGGUGGACCUGAAGAGUUAAUAGAUUGGACGUGUUGAUUGGCUGGAGUAAAGAAUUUCACACAGGCCUUGUUGUUGCCAUCACUGACAAUUGCGUAAUUCUCUGUAGCUCACUGUCACCAUCAGCAGCCACACUCAGUAGCUGUUUUGUCAAGUUUAGGUUUUAAAGACAGGCCACUCUCCUCUUAAUGGCCAAGGAAUAACCUUCCAGUACAAAUUAUUAAGCAUUACAUUCUGCAUAUGGCUGACAUGUGAUUUGUUGCACUGGAAUGGAUGGGACAGUGUAGAGUUUUGCGGAAAGAUAUUGCAAGACAGGCUUUGAUGGUUAAAGAAGAGUGGAAGGCAAAGUUGCAACUUCUCAAGAAUGAUUUGGCUGAGGAACAAGACGUUAAGAAGGCAAUCCACUCCGACAUGACUCGUCAGUACAAGACAAUGAGGGCAGACAUGGAACUGAGAGUACAUCAGCUGGAGAUUGAGAUCAGUCACCUGCAGCAACAACUCACAUCAUGUCAGCAGCAAUUAGCAAGGACUCAGGAGGAGAAGUUGCACAUCAUCAAGGAGAAGGAUUCCACCAUCAAAGAACUCCAGAGCAAGAUAGACAACAUGGAGACUGAGUAUGAGGCCAUCCUCCAUGAGAGCCUGGACCUGCUGCUGAACAAGAUGGAAGCAGCCAGACUCCACUGGGAAAAGACAGCAACGAGUUUCCAUUCUGAACAGAAGCAAAAACUGCUGGAAUUUGGACUCAAUCCUCUGGAGAUUUAAGCCCUGGGGGAUGGUGGUUAUUUGGUUGGCGGGUCCCCGGGUGUAAUUGUUUUCUUUUAUUCUUUCACAAGAUGUGCAUAUUGCCUUUGAAAUGGAAGGUUUACAAAAAGCCAUUUAAGGGACAACCACUUUACUGAGUCUGGAGUCACAAUCAACGGUUGAGUCUAGUUUUCAACUCCAGAUUCAUUACUUCAGUUGGUGAUAAUUUAACCACUGUGGGUUGCCAUAAAACUUAUCUGGUUCACUGAUGUCCUUUAGGGAAGGAAACUCCCAAUCUUACCUGGUCUGGCCUAAAUCCAGACCC